UGGCCUCUCCGGGGACAAGCCAGGUUCAGCUGCUCCGGAGGCCCGGAAGCAGACGCCGGUCUCCUUCGGCGCGUGCGCCGCCCGCCGGGUCCCAUUGGAUGUGGGCCUUCCACCGCGACUCCGCCCGGGCUCUCCGCGAGGUGGCCUGGUCUUUUAGCAGCGUCCUGCACCAGCACCCCUGCGUGGACCAGUGUGGUCUCUGGUGCUACCGAGAGAGCGAGAGGGGAGUGGUCCGUGUCUUGCCGCCGGUUCGGUACCGACUCUAAAGACGAGUCCACAUUACCGUCAAAACUGUGCGCCUUGGAACGGCAAGUUUUAUCUUCUGUAAGGUUCGGGGCCGGACGCCCGCGCAGACUGUGGCGUCCGAGCCAUGGCGUCCGAGCAUCUGCCAGCAGAGGGAGCGCUGUCGGCCCCCUCUGGCCCCCCUCGCAGGGACGAGCAGAGAAAACCCAACUACACCCUCAGACGUACUCUGGCUGGACACUCGGCGGCCAUCUCCUCAGUUAAAUUUAGUCCAAACGGAGAAUGGCUGGCGAGUUCCGCAGCCGAUACACUAAUUAUAAUUUGGGGAGCAUAUGAUGGGAAAUGUCAGAAAACGCUCCGUGGUCACAGUCUGGAAAUAUCAGAUGUUGCCUGGUCUUCAGAUUCUAGUCGUCUCGUCUCCGCCUCAGACGAUAAGACUCUAAAGUUAUGGGACGUGAGAUCUGGGAAAUGUUUGAAGACACUGAAGGGGCACAGUGAUUUCGUCUUCUGCUGUAAUUUCAACCCACCAUCCAACCUCGUCGUUUCCGGAUCUUUCGAUGAGAGUGUGAAGAUAUGGGAGGUGAAAACGGGAAAGUGCCUCAAGACUUUGUCUGCUCACUCAGACCCCAUUUCUGCCGUACAGUUCAAUUGUAAUGGGUCCUUGAUAGUGUCAGGGAGCUAUGAUGGUCUUUGUAGAAUCUGGGAUGCUGCGUCAGGCCAGUGUUUAAAAACACUCGCUGAAGAAGGUAACCCUCCUGUGUCUUUUGUAAAAUUCUCUCCAAAUGGUAAAUACAUUCUUACCGCAACUUUGGACAGUACUCUUAAACUGUGGGAUUACAGCAGAGGCCGAUGCCUGAAGACAUACACGGGCCACAAGAAUGAGAAAUACUGUAUAUUUGCCAGUUUCUCCGUUACUGGUAGAAAGUGGGUUGUUUCUGGGUCAGAGGACAACAUGGUUUACAUCUGGAACCUUCAGACGAAAGAGAUCGUACAGAAGUUACAAGGUCACACAGAUGUCGUGAUCUCAGCAGCUUGUCACCCUACAGAAAACGUCAUUGCUUCAGCAGCAUUAGAAAAUGACAGAACAAUUAAACUGUGGACGAGCGACUGCUAAGGUCUCCGGCAGUCGAUGAGUAAAGCCAGAUAAAAACGAAA